AUACAAUGUACUACUACACGGGGUGAGUGCGUGUGGGGAUAAAACGUAAACAAACAAUCGAACGACGUGUUUUAUUUAUCACUUCUGUUCCGGACAUCGUAUAAGUAUGUUACCUCUUUGGAGAAUUAUUCCUCGGACCCAGGGCGUGUUUAUAAAAAGGAUUUAUUCAGGGGUCUCUAAACCGGUUGUGGAAUUUCCUGUACAUGUAUUCGGACAGGCAGGUGUGGCGGGUUCUGGGAGAAUUGGGGAUGCGAAGAGAGGUAUCGUUUCUAUUGAGGGCGUUCAAGGCGAGCAUCAAGAACUCCAGGUGUCUGAGGCUCGGAGGGUAAUGCGUUUAGCCACAGAAUAUCAGUGUCAGGGCCCAAGUAUUCAAGGGACACAGGACAAUCAGGAUUAUUCCUCUAGCAGUUUGACAGGUCAUGAUUUGCAAGAAAGUGGUUACGAAGCACAUGAAACUUUGUCUAAAGAAGACGUGCAUUCAUCUGUAUUUGAAGGACUUGGAAGUCAUGUAUGUCUUAACGGCUGCAUGCAGAGUAAUGUUCCCAAACCAUUUAACACCGUGAACUCGACGUCUGGAUAUGGAAGUUACCUAAAUAUGCCUGGGGGCGGAGGCAAACUCCUUGAUAAGUACUGCUCUGGGAGCAGCCAAGAUUGUCACCAGUCAAGGAACUUUUCCACUUCCAUCAGACAGUGGGCAAGUCAGCAAGGUGCCCAGGAUACCGCAUUUGAAGAAGAGGAAUACCUUACUGAUCCAACACCCCAGGGAAUACAAGGGGAUAACUGUGUACAGUUCCGGUUGUGGAUGGAGAAUUGCCAACGAUACAAUUUGCCGAACUGUGAUGAGCAGUUAGAAUCUAUAACAGCUGGAAGGAAAACGCUGGCUCAAGUUUUUCAGGAACAACAAGAAAUAAUAAGACUUGUUGCUGAAAGUUAUAAAAACAAUCUACGUCAAUCUCAAAAACAAAUGGACAGUGAAACCAAUGCACAGGGCCAGCAAGACUAUUUUGGGUAUAGUUUUGAGUUUUCCACGACAGAUCCUUGCCCUCAAGGACUUCAGGGUGACCAUUGUGCUAAUUAUAAAGUAUGGGCACACAAUUGCAGUGCUUUUGGAUUCGGUGAUUGCAAUGAAAAGUUACGGGACAUUCAAUCUGGAAGACGGAUUCUACAAGACGUUUUUGAUGAACAGGAUCAAAUGAUUCGUAAAAUAGUCGCAGACUUUCAACAAAAGAGGUCUUACAGCACCAGCAGUAAACCAGAGGUGGGUAAAACCCAGAAUUCAAACACGGACUCUACCUCCCCACAUAGCACUCCCCCUGAUGAUUUACAAAAAUUAAGUCAAAAAGAUCAGUUAAAACGUGCUGUUAAACAGUACGGAGGGACUGUUGUAGUAUUUCAUAUAGGUAUAUCUCUUAUUUCACUUGGAGGCUUUUAUCUCGCUGUUUCGAGCGGGCUUGAUGUUGUUGCAAUUCUGACAAAGCUUGGCGUCAGCGAGGCCGUCCUUCAGUCCAAGAUAGCCACAGGGUCAACGACAUUUGUAAUGGCGUACGCUGUCCAUAAAGUGUUUGCGCCGGUCCGCAUCGCCAUCACAUUGAGUUGUACUCCAUUCAUUGUCGGAUAUCUUCGACGAGUCGGCUUUCUCAAGCCGCCGAAAAUAUAGCUUCAGAUUAUCAUUGAUUGCGACAGGAUGAAAAUAUAACUUUGCAACGAUACAUCUACAAUGCUGUACAUAUUCAAUGUGCGUGGGCAAUUAACAUUUACAAUAUGUAAAUAAAUCAAAAGUGAAGAAAAAGAGUACUGCUAAGUAUCAACGACACAUGUUUUGUACAGAAUUUUUAAGUUCAGAUUUUUGUUUGCUUAAAAAAACCUGAAAAGUGGAUUUAAUUUUCAUUACUUAUGAAGGAAUAAGUUAUGAAGGAAUUCAUGAAACAGUUAAUUUUAGACGUUUAUUGCAGAGCAAAUGUUAAGUCAAUUACAGAAUAUGGCGCUAUUUUUGUUUUUGUAAUAGAAACGUCAAAUUUUCCUAACUUUAAUUUUACUCUGAUUCUAAACAAAAGAUAGAUCUUAAGUGUGGCAGAUUUUUUUCUUUAAAAAUAUCAACAAAGGAUGUCCAGCAACAUUAACUUUGUAAUUCAUCACAUGUUGUUUGAUUUUUUAAAAUUUAAAGUGUGACGUAACUCAUUUAUGCAAAAUGUUGUGUUCUCUGCAUAAGAAGAUGUUUUUGUGUAAUCAUAUUUGACCAUGUAUGUGCUUAAUAAGUUGCCAUUCGUCGUUAUGAAAACGAUAUAAAUUGAAAACGUAAAGCACUGUCCUUUGUGAAAUAACACACGUAUAUAUGUAUCUUAUAAACUAUGUGUUUUAUAAACGAUGGCUUAAUUUGUUUCAAGGGAAUUCUAAUCGAGCAUAUCAUUUUCUUUUUUAAUAUGAAUGGCUUUUUUUUAAUUAUGGAUUUUUUAUACCACCACUUGUUCAGAAAUCCGGCAUUACGUAUAAAUUAUUUAGAAUUU